UGUUAUUUGGUCGCUCAGAUACAUAGUCCUCCGUGCAAUGAAGAGACGAGCAAUGAAAUCCGAAUUUCAAGCGACUCAUGGGUCUAAUGUAGACCAAAUAUGCGAUAUCUAAUUGCUCUACAUAUGCCACAAGAGGGAUGGGCAAAUAUCCUCCAUCAAAGCACGUAGCCAACUUCCUGCUAUCCUCAAGUAGCUGUAAGGUCAGAUGGGCGAUUCACUUUUAUGCAAGCACAAGCAAGAAUACCCCUAUAGUCGAUCUGACUCAGUCUACAAUUUACCACUAUAGUUGUAUGAACAGUCCUAGAUGACUCUCUAGGGACACGGAACAACUGCUCUUUAAGUCCACCGGAGCGCUUUCCGGAUUUGGCAUCCUUUUUCGGUCGAGUUGCGCUCAGAUGUCUAAAAGUUGUCAGGAAGUCUAGGCUGUCUGUCCUCCAAUGGCGUGUAUAUUACUCGGUAUGGUCUAUAUCCAUCAAAACAACCGACGGACUUCUUCGUGG